UUUUAUAAAAACUUGGACAAGUUGAUAGUUUUUCUUAAAAAUGCAAUCAAUGAAAUAACCGAUUAUAAAAACAUUGGCAAAAUGAAAAAUAAAAUUGAAAUUAUUGAACAAAACUUGGCCGAAUCAAGGGAAAAAGUUAAAUUUCAAAAGGAUAUUUACCAAAAUGCUAUAAAAUUACGAACUGAUUCUCAAAGAGAGAUUAACGAAUUAUUAACCAGAAAACACAUGUGGACUCCAACUGAUUUGGAAAAUUUUACAAAACUAUAUAGAUCGGACCAUACAAAUGAAAAAAAUGUUAAAAACAGUAGUCAAGAGUUAGAAGAAGCAGAAAUUGAAUUGGAUGCUAAUCAAAAGAAGUUAUCAAAGGAAAUUUUAAAAAGAUACCAUGAAGAACAAAUUUGGUCUGAUAAAAUCAGACGAGUUUCAUCAUAUGGCACAUUUUUAUUAAUGCUUUUAAACGUCAUGUUAUUUAUAAUGGUUCAAACGAUUUUUGAACCAUUGAAGAGAAAUAAAUUAAUUAAUAGAUUUGAAGAACGGGUUAAAUCUAUUAUUCAAAAUAUUCAAAAUAUGUACAAUGAAAAUAGAAGUACA